UUUUAAUAAUUAUCCAUGAAUGUAAAAUUUUUGGUAUUAUAAAUUGGGUUCGGACAAGCCAAAACACUCCAUCUCUUGCUUCAUUCCAAAACAGAGAUUUACCUCACAAACUUAGAAAGAAGAUAGAGAUAGAUAAAUACUAAAUAGAGAGAGAGAAAGAGAAAGCUUUCUUUGCUUUAAGAAAAUACGAUCCCCUUCUUGUAAGAACUCUAUUGAAGGAAAAGAGCUUAUUCAAGGAGUUUUUUAUUUUUUUCAGGCUUGGAUACAGAUAUAUUUCAUUGGAAAGAUUUUAGUUCGUUUGGUGGGUAUUGAUAAUUUGAGGAUGGGGGAUCACUUUGUGUUACUGGUGGAUCGAUUGAUCACUGAAUCCACAUUAGAAGCUGCAAUUGAGAGCAGAAACAAGUCUCUGCAAGCCACUUCCUCAGUGGUAAUCAUUGACGAGAAGAAAAUUGGUCACUCUUCCAAGAAGGUGGAUUUUGCAUCUCCUGGGAAAUUGGUGGAAUGCAGGAUAUGCCAGGAUGAGGAUGAAGAUUCAACUAUGGAGACACCCUGCUCUUGCUGUGGUAGCUUGAAGUAUGCCCACCGUAAAUGUGUACAAAGGUGGUGUAAUGAGAAAGGUGACACUAUGUGCGAGAUAUGCCACCAGCAAUUUAAGCCUGGUUAUACUGCUCCUCCCCCACUGUUUCGAUUUGGGCGUGUUCCAAUGAACUUUAGGGGAAAUUGGGAGAUAUAUCGAAGGGACUCAAAUAGUCCCCGUGUUAUAGCAAUGGUUUCAGCUAACCGCAGUUUCCUAGAGCCUGACUAUGAUGAAUACUCGGCUUCUACUACAAGAAGUUUGAUGUGUUUCCGUUCAGUUGCUCUCAUUUUCAUGGUUCUUCUGAUUUUACGGCAUACUCUUCCUCUCAUAAUUAGUGGAGGCAAUGGUUAUUCUUUCCCGCUAUCUAUGUUGUUAUUUCUACGAACAGCUGGAAUUAUCCUGCCAAUUUACAUUAUGGUGAGAGCAGUAACUUUUCUCCAGCGCCGCAGAUACCAACAGGAGCCUUCCAUUUCACCAAUCGCUUCAUCCGAUGAUGAAACUGAGGAUUCAACCUUGCAGCCCCAGCCUCAUAUCAUUCGUGUUCAGGUGUAGCCGCUGCAAUUGAAGAAAAUUUGGUCUUGGCUUGUGAUUAGUAGCAUCUUCCAAUCUUUAUAUUAGUCUUGUUUCAAGGUGAAAUGAAUGGAAAUUGGGAUAAGAUACUUUCAAAGGACAAGUAUGAUUCUCCUUUGCCAUCUCUCAGACCAAGAGGCAACACUUUAAACAAUUAUAGAGCAAAUUUCUAUUGGAUGUAGUUUUUAACAUAUGCACUUCCCUUGCUGCACAUCCUCUGAAUACUUUGUACAGUCAGAAAAGUACCCAACUGUAUAUACAUAUGAUAUACCAAAAGAAUACAAGCCAAUAUUGUAUUAAAGGUGAAGAAUAUUGUUGUAUGUCUGUAUUGUAAAUACCCCAGUUGGCAUUCAUGUCUCAAAGACUGAUACUAGUCAGUAGAACAAGUUAAUGAAGCAAGACAAGCUGCAUAAGUUAAUCUUUUA